GAGUGUGGCGCGGGCGCGCGCGCCCCCGAAGACGAAACGAAUUCUGUGGACUGGCCGGGCGCGCCGGGCACUUGGGAUUACCCACUUUUUUGUGGAAACCGCACCGCCCCCGCGGCGCAGGGGCCGCCUCCAGUUUUCGUUCCUCUGGGCCCUUGCUGAAGAUCUGUCCAGAACUUUGUGCUUAUGUGAAUUUUCUGAUAGAAGAAAUUUGUUGCACCUGUUUAUCAAGAUGAUUACUGGUGUUCCUUUGAAAAAUUCAGGAAUUCUCUUGUCCACAGAGACAUCUCAAAGGGAAAAUGUGCCCAUUCAUGCAGUCUUUUUUGACAGCAUUCCUUCAGGCACACUUACUCCUGUAAAAGAUUUGGUGAAAUAUCAGAACUGCGUUUUAAAAUUGAAUAACCAUAAAACGAAUCAAUUCCUAGAAACAACAAUUUCUAAAAAUAAAAAUGUAUUUCAGUCUACCAUGCUAACAGAAGCUACCACCUCUGACAGUCUUCUUGAUAUUAGUGCUAUAAAGCCCAACAAGGAUGGAUUAAAAAAUAAAGCAAAGUAUGAAUCACCAGGAAAAGUAUUUAAAAGAAUGAAAGAAAAAGUAUUGCAUAACAAGCAAGAACAAGUAUCAAGAAACAGUAGUGUGUUGGAACCACAGAAAAGUGAAAGAAACAAAAUGUUCACUCCCAAGGGAGCUGUGAAAAGAGUAUUGCAGCAUACCUACCUCUGUGAAGAAAAGGAGAACAACCAAUCAUUCCAAUCAGAAAACAGCUCACUAAGAGAAGUUCCUCUAGAAUCAUCAAAUAGUGUUUUACUCUCUGUCCAGCAAAAGAUUCAGUGUCAACAGGAAAAGAAAGCUCCUCUGCACAAUUUAACUUAUGAGCUUCCAAUUUUGAACCAGGAACAUGAAAAUGUUUUAUCUGCAGGAGUCCCAAACAGGGCAUUAACUAGGGCCCAGUUGGCUCAACAAAUUCUUCGUUCAAAGGAGAAUACAGUUGCAACCACUAAGUCCAGAAAGGACACGUUUAUUUUAGGAGGCAAUGAUUCAGCCUGUGAAAAAUCUCAAAGUACUACUGUUGAGACUCUCAAUACUGACUGUGUUCCUACUAAAAAUGGCGAUCAAUUAAUGGUGUCUGAUAGCGAGAUGACAACAAAAAGGACUUCAAAACAGGAAAUUAAGAAAGGAAAUGAGAAAACAAUGCCCAGAGAGGCUGAUCUUCCAGGGUCCAUAAAUGAUACAUGUAAAAUUGUGCUUGCAACUCCAAGCUUUCAUGGAACAAUACCUCGGAGAUCAAAAAGAUGUGCUUCAAAGCCUCCUCCUUCAAGUAUCUUUCAAACUACUAUACAUGGAGUUAAAAAAAAUAAGGUAGUCCACCUACAGGACUGGAUGAUUAAAGUCAUCAACAAUAACACUGCUAUAUGUGUAGAAGGAAAAUUGAUAGACAUCACUAACAUAUAUUGGCACAGUAAUGCAAUUAUAGAACGGAUUAAGCACAACAAACUUAGGACAUUAUCAGGCAACAUUUAUACAUUAAAAGGAAUGAUAGACCAGAUUUCCAUGAAAGAAGCAGGAUAUCCGAAUUAUCUCAUAAGGAAGUUUAUGUUUGGCUUUCCAGAAAAAUGGAAAGAGUACAUCGAUAAGUUUCUGGAACAAUUAAGGGCUUGUGAAAAAAAAAAGGCCAGACAAAAACAGAAAAUGGCAAGAUUUGUCCCUGACACACGAAAAUCAAUGCAGAAUGAUGCGGGAGGAAACCAAACAGAUGUCCUCCAAAGAGCCAGCACCAUUCAUGACCUUGAUUGUGAUCGUUUGGAACUAAAGAACAGUAAAAGCAGUAGGUUGCCAGGAGCUGCAGAAUUAAACAUUUGCCAGAGUAAUCACCAAAAUAAACCACCAUUAAUGCUCCCAGAAGACCAAACAAAUAAUACUAUUCAAAAUGGAGGAGGAUAUGAUUUCUCUAAUCAGGAAUUGAUGAGAAAAAAGGAACGUAAAAAGUUGUCUUCAGAGAAACUCAAAAAUUGUAAAAGAACAAAUAAAAUAAUUGAAAGUCAGAAGCAAGAGAGAACCGAAGAAUCGAAUGUACCCGUCGAUAUUAUCACCAGGGAACCAUUUUUCUCAGACAAAGAAAGAAAAUAUAUGGCUGCUUAUCAGAAGAAAGCUUAUAUUGUAGUAACACCACUUAAAUCUAAAAACGUGAUAGAGCAAAAAUGCAUGAAGUAUAAUCUGUCCUCUGAAACCAUUAAAGCAAUAGCAGAUUUUGUAGUGCCAAAGCAUCAAAAAGAAAGUGAAUCAGACUUAAAUGAAACUACAUGUCCUACCAGUAAGCCCACAAAGACUUCCAAAAAUGCAUUUAAUUAUGGUGCGAAUCAUAAAAGUGAAAACAAGGAAGUUUGCAAUGAGUGUGAUUUACUCACUGUCGACCAGAAAAUAAAAAUAUCUAGUUCUAGAAAGAAACAAACAGUCACCUCUGACUUUAAGAAAAAUACAAGGUUGUCAAAAUUGAAGAAAACUGAAAAUAAGGCAACCAUGUCAUUUUACAAGCAUCAGUCCUCAUCAGAUUUGUCUGCUGACGAGAGUGAAACAGAAGAGGAAAUUAGAAUGCAAGCAGGGGUUGCUAAGAAAACCAUAGCAAGAAACACCAAAGACACAGUGCUUCACUGCAGGAAAAGCUCAAGGAACAGCAGAAGAAAACUUCCCGUUUCUGAAUCUGAAACUGAAGAAAGUGAAGAUGAAUUUUGUAUCAAACAAAAGAAAGCUAGAUGUUCUGCUAAAAAAAAUCUUCAGAAAUCUAGUGUUAGGAAUGAGUCUCCAGUUAAUACGAUGGAAUCUGAUAAGACGAAGAGUCAUUCCUUAGAAUGUUUACCUGGUUUAAUUCAGGAUGAGGAAUGGAAUGAAAAGGAAUUACAGAAACUUCACUGUGCUUUUGCAUCUCUUCCUAAGCACAAACCUGGUUUCUGGUCAGAUGUAGCUAUGGCUGUAGGGUCUCGAUCUGCUGAAGAAUGCCAGAGGAAAUACAAUGAAGAUCCCCGAGGAAAAAGAUCUCGGAAACAUGUCACUAAGAAAAAGCCAGUCAGUCCCAAAGGCCAAAAUGGCAAGAGAGAUGAUGCUAAUCAAAAACAAACUAUUAAGAUAACUGCCAAAGUAGGAACUCUUAAAAGGAAGCGGCAGAUGAGGGAUUUUCUGGAACAGUUGCCAAAAGAUGACCAUGAUGAUUUUUUUAGUACACCUUUGCAGAAUCGAAGAGUACUGUUGCCGAGUUUCCAGUGCAGUCAAGAAGAAGAUGAUAUUCUGCCUCAUAUGGACAGAAAUCCAACAACUCCAUCAUCGACUAUUUUUCCACUGGCAAAAACCCCUCAGUGUCAGCAUGUCAGCCCGGGAAUGCUAGCCUCGAUAGAUAGGGAUGAUUGUGAUAAAUAUGUGUUUCAUAUGCAAAAAAAAGGUCAAAGUAAAGGUGGCAUUGUCUGGGGCAAUAUCAAGAAAAAAACAGUUGAAAGUGAUUUUUCAACUCCACCAUCAAGAAGAAAAACCCCAUUUAACAAAGAAUUAGGAGAAAACACUAAUAUUGGAAAACUUUUCACUAAUGCUAUGGAGUCUUUAGAUGAAGAAGAAAAAGAUUAUUAUUUUUCAAACUCUGAUGAUUCUGCAUAGUAAGAGAAAAUAUUUCCAAAAUUUUCAUCAAGAAGCAGACUGUGCAUUUGUAUGUUCAUUUGAAAUACAUAUAUUUUCUUUAUAAUGUAAUUUCACAUGAAAUUGUAGAUUCCUUUUCAAAGGUUUUAUGUAUUUGUAUUCAAAGUUACGGAUCUUUCUAUAGAAUAUUCCUCAUUGCUACAGUUUACUAAAAAUACAAAGAAAAUUGUUUUGCUUGUAUAGAUGUUUCUAAAUUUCUGUUUUUGCUAGGUUAAGCUAUAUUUAAAUAAGUCUCAAACAGUAAAGUCUGUUUAAGAAAAUUAUGUUCCAAACCGGAUUUUUCAAAAGCUUUCAAGAAAAUGUUUCUAUCCUUAAGGGAAGAGGUGAGGGAGAAUAAGACAGAUUGUACUGGUAGCUACUGAAUUCAUGAAAACUUCAUGAAAACUAACAUUUUCCACCACUUGGAGUACAAGCCAGAGUUCAUAUAAUGUUUAAAUUACAUGUUGUUGAAACUAUUUGGUAUAUCUUUUCUCCUGAUUGGUUUUCUUAAAACUUGUGAUUUUAUACCUAGGAAACCUGUGUAAAUUUUAAUUUAUUGCUUUUUCAGUAUUUUAUUAGGUAGAAUCAAAGAACAGAUUUUGUUGCAUUCUUAAGCCUUUACAUAUGCAGACAUAGCUUAACUUUGGUCUCAAUAUUAGAAAGACUGGAUUAAACCAACAUUCAUGUAAUAGGCCUACCAUUGUAAGGAGUCAAGUUAAUAUGUUGUAGUAGUAAACAUUGUUUUCUUUCAGAUAGCUCUUUUAAAAAAUAACAAAAAAACUUAUUUUAGCUUAUUCUGCCAUUGUGUUUUAAAACUUGACAUAUAUAGUCCCUUCUGGUUACAGUACAUAUUCCCCUACCCUUCCUCUCCAGUUCGGUUGUCCAAAUAAAGUUAGUUUGCUUUUAUAAUAUGUGUGUUUUACUUGUUUUUGGGGUUUUGGGCUUUUUUAAUUACUGGAUCAUAGAAACAAAACAAAUACGCAUUUUCUUACUGGUUCAGAUUGUUUCCUCAAAAAAUUCCAGAACUUUUUCUGUGUCUUAAGAAUUUAGUCAAUAAUAAUCAUUUAUGUAACUAUAGGAUUUAUAGAAACACAAGGUUUAAAAAAAAUAGUGCAGUUAGACUGAGAUCAUUCUCCUUUAAACUCCUCUACCAUGCUUCUUUCUGCCAUGAAGACUUCUGACAAAUGUGAGAUGGAACAAAUGAAAGGGUUAUUUUAGAGUGACUCAAAAAAAUAGAAUUGUAGAAUUUACGUUGCCAAUAUUUAGUAUAAUACCAUGCUGCUUGAUGUUAACAGUGCUUUAGGAAUUAAAAGGUAGUUAAAUUCCUUAAUGGGAAACAAAAAGAUAAAUUUGAAAUAGUGUGACUUGACACAAACCAAAAGUGUGACCUCUCAUCCCCCCCAUAUUCCCUCUGUCCCAUCAGAACUAUUUCAUCCUUCCUAGUCUAUUCUGUUGUGUCCCACCUGCCUAGUUCCUGGAUAGGCCCAUUUCUCUCCGUCGGGCCUUAAGAUAAAAGCUAGUAAGGUUUGAGGUAACCUCCAGAGAAGACUUAAAAGUGGGAAAUACUUCAAGGGCUCAAAGAAAAACAGUAAGAUGGAAUAGUAAUCAAUAAGGUUGAUAGUUGAGUGCUACCAGUGAGAGCUACUGCUACUUAAAUAUGGACAGAGCUCUACACAGCAAGCGUAAAUAAACUCCAGUUAUAUCCCUCACAGCAUCUUAAUUUAUGAAUAUUUUGCCUGAUGGGUGGACACAGACAGAAUCUGAGCACAGGUGUCUGCAUGGGAGGUGCUACAAGGUGGUCACGGCCCAGGUCAGUGUGAGUUGCUGAGGAGCUGCAUGCUUCUGGGAUACAGCUGGGGGUGACAGAACACACACCCCCACCCCAUGUCCCCACCCACACACACUGCUGAUACUGCAUCGGGCUAGAGAGCAAAAAGGACACAUGCAUCAGAAAGAAGCCCGUUUCCUCCUCCUGACAAAGCUUAAAUCAUGCUCACUAUAGGAAGAAAUGCUCAAAAAGUCCAGUCCAUUAUAGCAGAGCAAGAUACUGCAGGGUGAAUUUGAACCUGAGAGGUAAUGCUAUAUUGAUAACUGCGUAUCAACCAAUAAGUUGUAGAAUUUUUCUCUCUGGCUUUGCCAAUUAUCGAACAGAAAUAUGAGAUCAGUUGCUUUCAGAAGAAUUGAGAGUUUAUAUUCUCCCAAAGAUGCUAAGUUAACAAUUAGAGUGUUAUGCAGGGACUCUGGUCCCUCUCCCCGCACAAGAACGCAGGACAUGGUGAGGCCAAAAAGGAACACCCACGGAGCCAUAGAUGGGGGAGUCAUACCACUAUGGAUAUGAACCAACGGAACACCCACGGAGCCAUGGAUAGGGGGUUCCUACCAGUCUCGCUGGCCGCUGGUCGAGACACAGGAAGGAGGAGCCACAGGACCCACUGUCCGCUUCUCUGCCAACCAACCAGCCCCUUAGCGUAGCCACAGCAGUUAUUAUUAGUGG